GACAGUUUUUGACUUUUGAGUUUUGUCAGUUUUUGUUGAGUCCGAUUCGAGCUAGCAUCGCAGUUCGCAUUAUCGUCAAAAUGGCGACGACGAGUGAUUCGAAGGCGAUUGUGCGACAAGUAAAAAGAGUGCAAUUUGGUAUUUUAUCUCCAGAUGAAAUUCGACGGAUGUCUGUUACCGAAGGUGGCAUUCGCUUUCCUGAAACCAUGGAAGGUGGUAGACCCAAACUUGGCGGUCUUAUGGAUCCACGGCAAGGGGUUAUUGAUAGGACAUCCAGAUGUCAAACAUGUGCUGGGAAUAUGACUGAAUGUCCAGGUCAUUUUGGACACAUUGAUUUAGCUAAACCAGUAUUUCACAUUGGAUUCAUAACAAAAACUAUCAAAAUAUUGAGAUGCGUUUGUUUCUAUUGUUCUAAACUUCUUGUCAGCCCGACAAAUCCCAAGAUUAAAGAAGUUGUUAUGAAAUCAAAAGGACAGCCACGUAAAAGGUUGACUUAUGUGUAUGAUUUAUGUAAGGGUAAAAAUAUUUGUGAGGGAGGUGAAGAUAUGGAUAUAGGUAAAGAAGGUGAGGAAGGUAAAAGAGGUACAGGACAUGGAGGUUGUGGCCAUUACCAACCAUCAAUAAGGAGACAAGGUUUGGACUUGACUGCGGAAUGGAAACAUGCAAAUGAAGAUACACAAGAGAAAAAGAUCAUAAUAACCGCAGAACGAGUUUGGGAAAUAUUAAAGCAAAUUACGGAUGAGGAAUCAUUUAUAUUGGGUAUGGAUCCCAAGUUUGCCAGACCCGAUUGGAUGAUUGUCACUGUACUACCAGUACCUCCUCUUUCUGUUAGACCAGCAGUUGUUAUGUUUGGAUCUGCAAAAAAUCAAGAUGACUUGACACACAAACUUGCUGAUAUUAUUAAAGCAAACAAUGAGUUAAUGAGAAAUGAACAAUCUGGUGCAGCUGCUCAUGUUCUGGCUGACAAUAUAAGGAUGUUGCAGUUUCAUGUGGCAACAUUUGUUGACAAUGAUAUGCCUGGCAUGCCAAAAGCUAUGCAGAAAUCAGGAAAACCAUUAAAAGCAAUUAAAGCCCGAUUAAAAGGCAAAGAAGGAAGAAUUAGAGGAAAUCUCAUGGGGAAACGUGUUGAUUUUUCAGCAAGAACUGUCAUUACACCUGAUCCUAAUUUGCGUAUUGAUCAAGUAGGUGUUCCAAGGUCGAUAGCUCAGAAUUUGACUUUCCCUGAAUUAGUCACUCCUUUUAAUAUUGAUAGAAUGCAAGAACUUGUCAGGAGAGGAAAUGCCCAAUAUCCUGGCGCAAAAUACAUAGUACGUGACAAUGGCGAAAGGAUAGAUUUAAGAUUUCAUCCAAAACCAUCAGAUCUUCAUUUGCAAUAUGGCUAUAAAGUGGAAAGGCAUUUAAGGGAUGAUGAUUUAGUUAUAUUUAAUCGACAGCCCACUCUGCACAAAAUGAGUAUGAUGGGUCACAGAGUCAAGGUAUUACCAUGGUCAACAUUCCGAAUGAACUUGAGUUGUACAUCACCAUACAAUGCCGAUUUUGACGGUGAUGAAAUGAACUUACAUGUACCACAGUCAAUGGAGACAAGAGCUGAAGUAGAAAACAUACAUAUUACACCUAGGCAAAUCAUAACCCCACAAGCUAACAAACCUGUUAUGGGUAUUGUACAAGACACACUUACAGCUGUUAGAAAAAUGACUAAAAGAGAUGUAUUUCUUACAAAAGAGCAGGUUAUGAAUCUUCUAAUGUUUUUACCCACAUGGGAUGGUAAAAUUCCUCAGCCAUGUAUAUUAAAACCACAACCCCUUUGGACUGGCAAGCAAAUAUUUACUUUGAUUAUUCCGGGUAAUGUUAAUAUGGUUCGUACACAUUCCACACAUCCUGAUGAAGAAGAUGAUGGCCCAUAUAAAUGGAUUUCUCCUGGUGAUACUAGAGUAAUUGUUGAGCAUGGCGAACUGCUAAUGGGUAUAUUGUGUAAAAAAUCUUUAGGUGCGUCAGCAGGAUCACUCUUGCAUAUUUGUAUGUUGGAAUUGGGACAUGAAACCGCCGGCCGUUUCUAUGGUAAUAUUCAGACUGUAAUCAACAACUGGCUUCUCUUGGAAGGUCACUCAAUUGGUAUUGGUGACACAAUUGCUGAUCCACAAACAUAUCAGGAGAUUCAGCGUGCUAUUGUGAAGGCGAAAGAUGAUGUCAUAGAAGUAAUUCAGAAAGCACAUAACAUGGAACUGGAACCUACACCUGGUAAUACACUCAGACAAACAUUUGAAAAUCAAGUAAAUCGCAUCUUGAACGACGCUCGUGAUAAAACUGGUGGAUCAGCUAAGAAGUCUCUCACUGAGUACAACAACCUUAAAGCUAUGGUGGUAGCAGGUUCUAAAGGAUCAAAUAUUAAUAUUUCUCAGGUUAUUGCUUGUGUAGGACAACAGAAUGUUGAGGGUAAAAGAAUUCCAUUUGGGUUCCGUAAAAGAACAUUACCACAUUUUAUUAAAGACGAUUAUGGUCCUGAAUCAAGAGGAUUCGUAGAAAAUUCGUAUCUAGCCGGUCUCACCCCCUCUGAGUUUUAUUUCCAUGCUAUGGGAGGUCGUGAAGGUCUUAUUGAUACUGCUGUAAAAACUGCAGAGACUGGUUAUAUUCAGCGACGUCUUAUAAAGGCUAUGGAGUCGGUAAUGGUUCAUUAUGAUGGUACAGUACGUAAUUCAGUUGGACAACUUAUUCAGCUGCGUUACGGCGAAGAUGGCUUGGCAGGCGAAACUGUUGAAUUCCAAAACAUGCCAACUAUCAAAUUGUCCAACAAAACAUUUGAAAAGAAGUUCAAGUUUGAUCCCACAAAUGAAAGGUAUCUCAAGAGAAUAUUUAAUGAAGAUAUUAUCAAAGAACUAACUGAGUCUGGUUAUGUGAUUGCUGAUCUAGAAAGUGAAUGGGAUCAAUUAAGCAAAGAUAGAACAGCUUUGCGUCAGAUAUUCCCAAGUGGCGAAUCGAAAGUUGUAUUGCCUUGUAAUUUUAAGAGAAUGAUUUGGAAUGUGCAGAAGAUUUUCCAUAUUAACAAAAGGAUGCCUACAGAUUUAAGUCCUAUAAAAGUGAUACAGGGUGUGAAGGAAUUACUGAAAAAAUGUGUUAUUGUGGCUGGUGAGGACCGUCUCUCUAAACAAGCUAAUGAAAACGCAACAUUGCUAUUUCAAUGUCUUGUAAGAUCAACAUUAUGUACAAAGUUUGUUUCUGAAGACUAUCGUUUAUCAACAGAAGCUUUUGAAUGGUUAAUAGGGGAAAUAGAAACUCGUUUUCAACAAGCCCAAGUAAACCCGGGUGAAAUGGUUGGAGCUCUAGCAGCACAAUCUUUGGGAGAACCGGCCACACAGAUGACAUUGAACACUUUUCAUUUUGCUGGUGUGUCUUCCAAAAAUGUAACACUUGGUGUACCCCGUCUAAAAGAAAUCAUUAAUAUUUCCAAAAAACCUAAAGCUCCAUCCCUAACUGUAUUCCUUAUUGGUGGAGCAGCUCGUGACGCCGAAAAAGCUAAAAAUGUUUUGUGUCGUUUGGAACAUACUACAUUACGUAAAGUCACUGCUAACACUGCUAUUUAUUAUGACCCUGACCCUCAAAAUACUGUAAUUGCUGAAGAUCAGGAAUUCGUCAAUGUUUAUUAUGAAAUGCCUGAUUUUGACCCAACUAAAAUAUCCCCUUGGCUCUUACGUAUUGAAUUGGAUCGCAAGAGAAUGACUGAUAAAAAGUUAACCAUGGAACAGAUAGCUGAAAAGAUUAAUGCUGGGUUUGGUGAUGACCUAAAUUGUAUUUUUAAUGAUGAUAAUGCUGAAAAACUAGUCCUUCGUAUAAGAAUAAUGAACAAUGAAGAAAGCAAGUUCCAAGACAAUGAAGAAGAAACUGUUGAUAAAAUGGAAGAUGACAUGUUCCUCAGAUGUAUUGAAGCUAAUAUGCUUUCUGAUAUGACCCUUCAAGGUAUAGAAGCCAUAGCUAAAGUAUACAUGCACUUACCACAAACUGAAGCAAAGAAACGAAUUACAAUAACAGACCAAGGAGAAUUUAAAGCUAUUGCUGAAUGGUUGUUGGAAACUGAUGGUACAUCACUCAUGAAAGUUCUGUCUGAAAGGGAUGUGGAUCCUAUAAGAACAUUUAGUAACGACAUUUGUGAAAUUUUCCAAGUAUUGGGUAUUGAAGCUGUACGAAAAUCGGUUGAAAAAGAAAUGAAUGCUGUACUGCAGUUCUAUGGUCUUUACGUAAACUACCGACAUUUGGCCUUACUUUGUGACGUAAUGACUGCAAAAGGUCAUCUUAUGGCUAUUACACGCCACGGUAUUAAUAGACAAGAUACUGGUGCCCUCAUGAGAUGUUCAUUUGAAGAAACUGUUGAUGUGCUGUUAGAUGCUGCCAGUCAUGCUGAAGUAGACCCUAUGAGAGGUGUAUCGGAGAAUAUUAUAAUGGGUCAGCUGCCCAGAAUGGGAACUGGAUGUUUUGAUUUGUUACUGGAUGCUGAGAAAUGUAAGCAUGGUAUGGAAAUGGGAGGUUUGGGGGUUGGAAUGGGAGUUGGAGGUGGAAUGUAUUUUGGAGUCGGAACACCCUCAAUGACACCAUUGAUGACUCCUUGGUCAAAUCAAAAUACACCUGGAUAUGGUAGCAGUGUUUGGUCACCUGGUCAAGUUGGCAGCAGUAUGACACCUGGGCCGUCGUUCUCACCUUCUGGCGCGUCUGAUGCUUCAGGAAUGUCGCCUUCAUACAGUGCUUGGUCGCCCCAACCUGGAUCACCGGGCUCUCCGGGCGCUCCAUUGUCCCCCUAUGCUUCUCCCGCCGGUGCUUCACCAUCAUACUCCCCAACUAGUCCUGUUUACGCAGCUGCGUCUCCCAGUCUUACUCCCACAUCUCCACACUAUUCCCCUACUAGUCCAUCUUAUUCUCCCACAUCGCCAAAUUAUUCCCCAACAUCACCUAUUUACUCCCCCACUUCCCCCAGCUAUUCGCCAACGUCGCCCGGAUACUCUCCAACGUCACCCUCGUACUCUCCAACAUCUCCAAGUUAUUCACCAACCUCACCCAGCUAUUCACCAACAAGUCCUGCUUAUUCUCCCACAUCUCCCAGCUAUUCACCGACAUCGCCGAGUUAUUCACCAACAAGUCCAUCAUAUUCUCCUACAAGUCCCUCCUAUUCGCCAACAAGUCCUGCAUAUUCUCCCACGUCUCCUGGUUAUUCUCCAUCUUCACCUAGUUAUUCUCCAACAAGUCCCGUAUAUAGUCCUGCAUCACUGAGCUAUUCUCCAUCAUCACCUAAUUACACUCCAACUUCACCCGUUUACUCCCCGACAAGUCCUUCGUAUUCUCCGACGUCUCCAUCAUACUCGCCAACCUCGAAUAACUACUCUCCCUCUCCGCCAAAAUAUUCGCCGACUUCGCCGAAUUACUCCCCAACAUCGCCAUCGUUAUCAGGUGGCAGUCCGACAUAUUCUCCAACAAGUCCCCAAUACUCUCCCACUAGCCGCAACUCACAGUAUUCACCGAGCCCGGCUUACUCUCCAUCAUCUCCUCAACAUCCCGGCAGCACAAGAUAUUCUCCGUCAUCACCGAACUAUUCACCAACGUCAAGCAAAUACUCGCCGACAUCACCAAGAUAUACACCAACGUCUCCAAAUUAUUCACCAUCCACGCCGGCUUACUCACCAUCGUCUGCUGGUCCUUCUUCUACAUACUCUCCAACGUCACCUAACUACUCACCUACAUCGCCUACAUAUGAUGAGGGUGACGAUUAAUUAAUAUAUAAUAUAUUAUAAUAUUGGCUACAUAUUAUACCAUUCCUUUUAGUUCGGGUUCAUUAACUCAUAAAAAUUGUAUGCUGUUUCACGUUAUACUAAUUCUUUAUGUUAAAUAAGUACAAACACAUCUAUUAUUGUUAAAAUAUGAACUCAUUCGUUCAUUCAUUAUUUGACUUAUUAUUUUUAAGUAAUGUGUUUUCGUAAUAUUAAUUUUCUUGCUAGAUGGUGAUAAAAUAUUAUAUAAUUUAAUAUCAAAUUUGAAAAACAUAUACAACAAUUAAAAUAAUAUAUAAGUUUUAUUUAUGGUAAACUCCGUUAGACUCCGUUGAGCUUAUUUUCAAUAAUAUUGUUACUAAAAUUAUUAUAUAAAUCGAUAAGUUUGUAUUCUGUAUGUGUUACCUAAUUAAGUUCGUUAGUCCAAGAGACUCCUUGUUAUAUAUAUAUACAAUAUUUUCUAUCUAAAUCCUUAUACAAAAUAAAUGAAAAUGUUAAAAAAAAGGAAAAAUAGAGAGUAAAGUAAGAGAUGGAAAAAAAAUUAGCUAUAAAAAUAUAUAGUAGUAAAAAAAUAAAGUUUAAUGUUAUUUUAGUAAAUUGGAAGUUAUUUUACAGUAAUUAUUUCAAAUCUACAAUUCAUAUCUUAGCUGAACACACUAUAAUUAGUAAAACUUAUAAUAGUUGAUCAAGUACAACACACUUGCGAGGAAAAAAAAAUUAAUAAAAGUCCAAUCUCACCUAAAAAUGGUAAAAUAUAUUGAUGUGGCUUAUUUUAGUUAUUUAGCAACUGUUGUGUAAUAAGGGGAUUUAAAACACAAAUGUGGGUUUGUUAAAAGUAUCACAUGAGUGUUUUAAUACCUAAUUAUCAACAGUUGCAUACAAGAUUUUAUCUACACUUAUAAUUUGAAUCCUGUAUAAAAGAUUCUGAAACAGUCAGCUUACUGUUAACAUUGAAAAAUCCAGUCCUAGUAACUGUUAUGUCACCAAACGAGAGUUGUAAUGAAAACGGAUGAUAUAAUGUUGUACUGAAUUUCAUUACAACACUCGUUUGGAUGAUGUAAUGGUUACUAGGAUAUUGGGUGUUUUAAUGUUGGCAAUAAGCUAACUGUUUUAGAGGUUUUAAAGCAUGGGUGUAGAUAAAAUAAUUUAACAUUUUCUUGGAUAAAGUCACAUGCCAUAAUAGGUUUUGUAGGUAAUAAUAAUAUUACCUACAAAAGUAAUUGUUACUUUUGUAAUAAGCGUAUUCCGGAUACCCGCUUAGAACUUCCAAUGAGACAAAAUUAACCAAGUUUUUAAAAAAAAAGUGCCUUAGCGCGGUAUUAUAAAGUAAAGCGGGUAGAAUGCUGGAUUAUGAGUAUAAAAGUAAUAAGAUUUAUCUACACCCAUGCUUUAAAUCCUCUAUUAAAGAUAAAAACAGUAAGCUUAUGGCUAACAUUAAAACGCAAUGUCCUAAUAACCAUUACAUCAUCCAAACGAGUGUUGUAAUGAAAUUCAGUACAAUAUAUCAUCCGUUUUCAUAAUAAACACUCUCUUGGGUGAUAUUAUGGUUACUAGGACUGACUUUUUUAAUGUUAGCAGUAAGCUAACGUUUCAGAAUCUUUUAUAGAGGAUUCAUAUUAUGGAUGUAGAUAAAGUCUUGUAUGCAACUGUUGAUAAUUAUGUUUUAAAACACUCAUGUGAUACUAAACCCACAUUCAUGUUUUAAUAUCCCUUAUUACACAAUAGUUGUUUAAAUAACUAUUACAUUACCUCGGUGAAGUGCGUAACGUACCAUUUAAGAUUAUUGAUAUUUAUGUUACAUACCUCAAUGGUACACAUUGUCGGUAACAUAUUAUAUACUUGCUUGCUAGCAGUAAGCUGUUUUACAAUCUUUUAUAGAGGAUUCAUAUCAUGGGUGUAGAUAAAGUCUUGUAUGCAACUGUUCAUAAUUAGGUAUUAAAACACUCGUGUGAUACAUUUAUCACACCAGAUAUGAUAAACUCAUAUUCAUGUUUAAAUACCCCUUAUUACACAACAGUUGCAUAAUUUACUAUUGCCUUACGGCAAGUGUGUUGAAAAUAAUGUAUCAAUAACAUUAGUCGUUUAGAUGGUUAAAAUUCCCACGACAUGCACGAUUCUGUCUGAGGCUGAGAUCUAUUAAACAAACUAUUACAACACAAAUAAUACUAAAUUAUAACAGUAUCCAAAAGAUAUUUGAUUAUUAGUUUUACUGAAAUAAGUGGAAAUUAAUUAUGAUUUAUGCGAAAUACAGACUUGUUAAGUUAUGAGUCAGCCUAGCAAAACGUAAGAAAAAAGCGAUUCACUCGGUUGUAUGAAACAUGUAGUAAUUGAUAGAUUGACAGAUGACUGCUACAGUCUUGUAAAAAACGGAUAUAGCCGAAAUCCACAACGUUACUGUUUGCUUUCAAACUUAGCCGGAUAAUAUUUCGUCGCCCAAUUGUAAUUACUAUUUCAAACAUAAGUCAAAUUCAUAAUCAAUUGCACGUUUCAUACUAAACUAAAUUUAAAUUUAGGCAGUCCGCCUCUAUUAUUUACAUACUCUUUGGUAUGAGAAACGGAACGCAUUUCUAAAAAUACGUGAUAGCUAUGGGUGACAGCAGCAACAUAUUGGAAUUUUCAAAAUUAGAAUAACUGCAGCUUUUGUGAUGACGCAAGGAAUUGUUCAUCUCCUUUUUGUUCGGAUUAUAGUCUGUGUUUUUUCUAUGUUCGGUGGUAAUUGUCGUUAUGGUGGACUAAUGACCGUUUUCAAUAACCUAUCCUUAGUUUAACUUACUAGAGGUAGACAAAUCUAUCCUUUUACGCUUACUUACAUUUCAAUAACCUAUCGACAUAAAGCAUUGGACAUAACUAUGGAUAGAUAAGAUCUUGUCAUUAAACGGUGACAGCAAUAGUAAUGUAUCCGUAACUAGAGAUACGUUAUUGAAAACGGCCGUUAAGCGAUGCACUCAAAGCGAUAUUUAUAAAUACAGACUUCGACUCAAUUCGUUAGAUAAGUUUGAGCAAAGUCUAAGUUCGUUCUAUAGAUCACAGACUGAGACUUAUCUGUACUAAAAAUUUAAAGUUUUAAUUAAUGAUUCAUCGAUGAUGACUUAUAUUUAUCAAAAAAAUAAAUAUAAUUAAGGUGAAGGUUAUAAGUAAAGACAUAAGUAAUUAGGUUUAAUAUAUAUUUUUGUAAAUAAAACCUGUAAAAAGUAAAUAAA